AUGCACGUCCGACCUGCAUUGGGUGUCCAGCGUCCGGUUACUGCUGCUGCUGUCCAGUCCAUCGUCGUACGUAGUUAUGCCAAAAAGAGCAAAGCCAGUAAAAAGGGUGGCGCCUCCAAAGGGGCUGAAGACGAAGUGGCUGCCGCCGACGUCGAACUGCAAUAUGACACUAAACAAACGGAAGAACGAUUCACGCACGCCAUUGACUGGUUGAAAGACCACUUUGCUACCAUGAGAGUCGGUCGAGCUAAUCCAGCCCUGCUGGACAAUGUGCGUGUCCGUAUUGAGACCUCCAAUUAUCCUCUGCGUGAUCUUGCCCAAAUCACUAUUCGCGAUCCCCAAACCCUGCUGGUGACAGUCCAUGACGCCGACUACUUAUCAGCGGUGGACAAGAGCAUCCGAGAGUCCGGCUUGGGCCUCAAUCCGGUGGUAGAUAACAAACUUAUCCGUGUGCCCAUUCCCAAACCCUCCAAAGAAUCGCGUGAUAAAAUGACCAAAUUAGCUCAUCAAACCGCCGAACAAGCCAAAUCCAAAAUUCGUGCCAUUCGACAGGAUGGCAUGAAGCAGCUCAAAGCCGACGCCGCCCAUCAAUCCAAAGAUGAUAUCAAAAAGUUGGAAAAACAGGUGCAAGCCCUGACCGACAAGUACAACAAGUCGGUGGAUGACAUGCUUAAAACCAAAUCCAAGGAAAUUUUGGCAUAA